AUGGUUCAACUACUUUAUAUAGUUGCUAGUUUACAUGUACUAUUGUGUCCAUUCACUAAAGUCGAAGAAAGUUUCAAUAUGCAGGCUAUGCAUGAUAUUCUGUAUCAUCGGUUUAACCUAUCAGAGUACGAUCAUAACGAGUUCCCGGGUGUAGUGCCGCGUACUUUUAUUGGCCCACUCAUUAUUUCCGUUUUAUCCUCACCUGUUGUUGGUAUAUUACAUUUAUUCGGUAUAAAUAAAUUUUGGAUGCAAUAUGUCGUCAGACUGACUCUAGCGGUGGCUGUGAUAGCAACAUGGUAUCAACUUCGGAAUUCUUUGAAAAAGCUUUUCGGAAGUACAUUUACAUGGUGGUUCACAUUGAUAAGUGUCUCUCAGUACCAUUUCAUGUUCUAUAUGAGCCGUCCAUUACCUAAUAUUAUGGUGUUACCAUUUGUACUCCUGGCUUUGGAAGGAUGGUUGCUUGGAAAACACAAACAGUUCCUCUUAUCAGCUGGUGCAGCUAUUGUUAUAUUUCGAGCUGAGCUGGCUAUGUUGUUUGGCUUGUACCUUAUCAUAGACCUCUAUUUCAAGAAGAUUGAUAUCCCAACAUUAAUCAAAAUAGUUGUUCCAUCUGGUGUGUUCUUGGUGCUGGUCACAGUAUCAGUUGAUUCUCUGUUCUGGGGUCGCCUGCUGUGGCCCGAAGCUGAAGUUUUCUGGUUCAAUACAGUCCUUAAUAAAAGCUCCGAAUGGGGUACAUCUCCAUUUCUUUGGUACAUAUAUUCAGCUUUACCACGAGGCCUUGGACCUAGUAUAGUUUUGAUACCCAUUGGACUGUAUUUAGAGAGACGGCUUACUCCUAUUGUGAUGCCAGCUAUAGUGUACAUAAUAUUGUUCUCUUUCCUGCCACAUAAGGAACUUAGAUUUAUAAUCUACGUCUUUCCGAUGCUCAAUAUGGCGUCUGCUGCAGCGUGUACAUAUGUAUAUAUACGGCGUACGAAAGCUCCGAUAUAUGAGCUACUGUUCUGGGGCAUCGCCGUAAUAAUCACACUUAAUAUUAUAUUCUCAACAGCAUUGGUGCUGGUAGCGAUGACGAACUAUCCCGGUGGAAUAGCAAUGACGAGAUUCCACAAGCUUUUAAAGAACGAACCCUUCGUCCACGUACAUAUAAGCAAUCUGGCAGCUCAAACCGGCGUCACCAGAUUCACUCAAAUGCAUUCCCAUUGGAAGUACAGCAAGAACGAGUCUCUAAACGUCGACCAACUACAAGAAUACACACAUUUACUUAUAGAAGCUAAGAGCAAAUACUCACCGAAUCUAAAAGCUUUCACACAAACUCAUACAAUAUUGGACAGUGUUGAAUCUUUUCAUCAGAUAACAAUGAACUAUAAAUUGAUACCGCCCAUCAAAAUUAAAACCAAGCCAGCGUUGUUCAUAUUAGAGAGAAAGAAUUUCAGGGAUAGUCUAAGUGUAGAUGUCAAAGAAGAUAUAAUAGAAAGCAAUAUGUAUGAAAAUGAAUCUAGCGAAGUUAGUAAAGAGUUUACUGAUAAUUUAGAUGCUUCAGAAGAUAUAAUCAUUAAUAAUAAUGAUGAAAUAUCUGAAGUAGAGAAUGAACAACUUAUGAUUGAAGAACUUGAAGAAGAAGCUCCUGUACAAGGCGACGAUGAUCGUAAUAACUCAGAAAAAGCUACCUUGACAGUAGUUGAUGACGACAGUAAAGAAAACAUCUCAGUGGAAGAGGCAGAACAAGUUGACGUAUUGAAAACAAGAAAGACUAAAAAACCUUACGAUGAAUAUAAAUUGACUAACAGACAAGAAAAAAAGAAAAAGGCCAUAGCAAAAAUCAAAUCGGAAACACGUAAAGAAGUUGUCGCUUCUGCUAAAGAAAAAUUGAGGGAAUUAAUGAAACGACGCAAACAUAUCACAGAGAAUAUUGAAGAUAAUGUUACUGUAGAAGUCACUCAGGUAGAAACUGAUGGACGAGGCGAUAUACCCGAAGAAGAAUUAAUGAUAGAAGAACCCAAAGAAGAAAUACAAUCAGUUAAUGAUACGGAAGCCGCUGAAGCUGAUCAAGUUCAAGAAGACGAAAAGAAUGUAAAUAAUAAUGAGGUUAACAUAGAUAGUGUUGUGGAAGAAGUCAUCGCACGACUGAUUGAUAAAAAAAUAUAUGACGACAAAACGAAAUCCGAAGAUAUUAAAGGCGAAGAAAGAAUCAUGAUCCAGAAAAUAGUCGAGGAAGUGUUGUCAGAAAAGUUUAAUGUAACAACUAAUUAUAAUGACGAUAGAUAA